GCGCGUAUAAGCCCCUCGUGGACCUGAUUAGAAGUUAUUUAUGACCACGCAAACUUCACAUUGUCAUCGUCAUGGAGAUCAGGCCACGGUUGUCGGUGAGUAGGGGGGCAAUUGACAGCGAUUCCGAAUCCGAGGCAAAGCAUCACCAUCGACGGCCCCGCGCCAACCUUGAUGAUGUUGAGCAGACGCCAGUCAAGACAGCGCAGAAGGAGAACCAGCCGAGCAGCAGGAGAUCGGUGACGAUUAUCCAAAACGAUGCGCCCACUCGUUCCACCCCAGAACGUCCACGUCACCGCAGUCGUGGACGAAAACGAGCAUCCUCUCAUGGUAAACCCUCAAUAAGGGAGCAGAUCAAGCGGCUGGUCAAUCUCGGCUAUCUCAAGGCCAUCGACGGCGCCGGUGACAUCGACGAUAGGAUCGCCAGGUUCCUCCGAUUUGAAGAGGCACAGAAAGAAGAAAACAAGCAGAAGGAACAGGAGGAACAGGAACUAGAAAAGAAGCUCCAAGACCUUUCGCGGGAGGCUGCUGAGAAAGAAGCGUUGGAGCGUAAGGCACGGGAGGAAAAGUUGGAUUCCCUCGAACGCAGGCUUGAAGACCAAAAACGUCGCGAGGACUUAAGAAACGAGAUACGCAAUGAGGAGGCACGAAAUCUGCUAGCAGAACAAGAACGCACGGCUCGCGAGGCGGCAGUCAAAGCCGCUGCAGUGGAAGAAUACAAGCAAGCUGAAGUGCGCCGACGCCUUGAAGAAGAAAGACUUCGAUCCCAGAUAUGGCAGCAGUGUCGCGCUCAGAUCGAGGCAGAGCUUGGCUAUUCUCUCCCUCAUGUCAAGUCUAUUCUCGAUGAUUUAAUCGUGCUACGGCAGCCAGGUGGAAUUGAAAGAGCGGUUCCUCGACGACGGCGAUCGUCGUCGUCGACAAUUGAUGCAGAUGAUGAGGACUCAAGCUAAUGCCAGCCUCCUUCGUUCUAUCAGUUAAUUUAUGCUUGCAUGAGGCUGGGCGUCUCCUGCAGGGAUAUAUUAUGUUCCCGUUGCUAAUUUAGAAACUGUUGGCUGCCCUUAAGCUUAGAUAGCC